AUGUUUGAGACUCUAUCAAGCCGCAUAAAAGGCACUCUGGAGGUUAUGAAGACUCUAAUGCGAUCGGUAGCCGUCCAUUUCGAAGACUCACUAGUAGCUGAGAAAGCAACAGGAAGAAACAAGCCAACGGAAGGACAUUUGUCGUAUUCCCAGCCCAGGACGAGGGCAGAAGGGUCUGGAAAUUCGCCAUCAUAUGACACGCAAGUCGUUUACAACCUCAACGGGAUUCGAGGCUGUUCAAACCAGAAGGAAGCGACGAUAGACGAAGUAUUACAACAUAGCUGCAAGGAGGCUGAUUAUGUCAAUGACCUCGCAGCUCGGUGCCUGUCGGGAGAGCUAAGCACACGACAGUUGGAAGCUAUAGCGAAUAGCUGCACUCAAGCAGUCAAAGUUCGACGAGAAGUGCUGAAACGGAAGGUCUCUGUCGCAAAAGGACGAGAAGCAACAGAUAACGACUUCCUCGACCAUUGCCCCCUGACGGGAUUUGAGUAUGCCCACGCGGUGGGUGUAUGCUGCGAAAAUAUGAUUGGACAUAUUACCAUUCCCGUGGGUAUUGCCGGCCCGCUGUUGAUCGAUGGUAUUGAAGUAUUUCUUCCUAUUGCAACUACAGAAGGGGCGCUUGUCGCAAGCAUCUGUCGGGGAUGCAAGGCCGCUAAUCAAGCGGGCGGGGUGACUACGGAACUCAUCGGCGAUGCUAUUACACGGUCAGCUUGCUUGAAAUUUCCUAGCCUGGAAAAGGCCUAUUCAGCAAAGACUUGGUUGGAGACCUCUGAGGGUCAUACGAGGAUGCGGACAGCUUUCCGCCAGACUAGCAAAUAUAUUGUCCUCAAGGAGGUGCAGGUAAGCAUUGUCGGUGAGCUUCUGUAUCCCCGGUUCGUAGCCAGUACCGGAGAUGCAAUGGGGAUGAAUAUGAUAUCCGUCGCCGUUGAAAAGGCGCUAGUUGCAUUGCAAGAUGCCGGAUUCCGGGAUAUGACCAUCCUUUCUUUGUCCGGAAACACAUGUACCGAUAAAAAACCCUCCGCAAUGAAUUGGGUCAGAGGUCGCGGCAAGCAUGUCGUUGCGCAGGCUCGGAUUCCUUCGCAGGUCAUCCGAGAUGUGCUUCGGACAACUCCAGCUACAUUACUGGAACUUAACGUGGUGAAGAAUCUGACUGGGAGCGCAGUGGCUGGCACCCUUGGGGGCUUCAAUACCCAUGCAAGCAAUAUAGUAAGCGGAGUGUUUCUGGCUACGGGUCAGGAUGUGGCCCAGGUUGUGGAGAGCAGCAAUUGCAUCACCACUAUGAGCGAGGUUGAGACCGACUUACUAGUCUCUGUCACGAUGCCAUCGAUCGAAGUUGGCACAGUUGGUGGUGGAACCAAUUUACCUGCACAGGCCUCUAUGCUGGAGCUGCUAGAUGUUCGAGGGACUCACCGGUUGGGUCCGGGUCUGAACGCUCGUCGACUCGCCCGAGUGAUUGCCGCUGCGGUUCUGGUAGGAGAGCUGAGUACGUGCUCGGCGUUGGCAACUGCGGAUCUUGCCAGCGCCCACCUCCGAUUGAAUCGAAAGCGACCGAGUAGGAUGAAUUGUGCCACCUAA